GUGAUUGUCAAAUGAAAUAAAGAUUCAGUAAUUCAGUCUUCGUGAUGAUUCGUUUUUCAUUGAAGCUGAUGGGGUAAAUAUUAUCCUGGAAUGAUAACAAGUCGCCAAAGAUAAGUUCUGCAAUAAAGUAUUAAUGGCCAAACUACCGAAUGGCUGGCUUCAGCUGGUACCUUUCUGAAGGCUUCCAAGUUAUAAUCGAGAAGUCAAAGGAAGCAAAAUGCUCUUUACAAGAUGUACAGUUGCGUUUCUUGUGCCCUGAUGAUCUAGAAGAAGUGCGGAGUUUGUGCAGAGAAUGGUUCCCCAUAGAGUACCCCCAGUCAUGGUACGAAGACAUCACUUCAUCAGAGAGGUUCUUUGCUCUGGCAGCAGUAUACAAAUCACAAAUAAUUGGCCUCAUAGUAGCAGAAAUUAAACCAUAUUUGAAGCUAAAUGCUGAAGAUAGAGGAAUAUUAUCAAGAUGGUUUGCCUCUAAGGACACACUUGUUGCAUAUAUUUUAUCUUUAGGGGUGGUCCGCUCGUACCGGCGCUCCGGCGUGGCCACGCUGCUGCUGGACGUGUUGCUGAGCCACCUGGCGGGCGCCGCGCCGCAGCCGCCGCACGACCACCGCGUCAAGGCCAUCUUCCUGCACGUACUCACCACUAACACUGAGGCUAUACACUUCUAUGAACAAAAGAGAUUCCGUCUGCACUCGUUCCUCCCCUACUACUACUCGAUCCAGGGGCGCAACAAGGAUGGGUUCACAUACGUGUACUACGUGAACGGCGGGCACGCACCCUGGGGCAUCUACGACUACGUGAAAUACGUGGCGCGCGCGGCGUGGCGCGGCGGCGGCCUGUACCCCUGGCUGUGGGGCAAGCUCCAGGCCGCGCUCACUAUCGCGUGGCACAGGAACGCCUACAGAUUUUAGUGGCGCGUCGCGAUCCCGCAACCCAGUGCGAUCGAUUAUUUAAUAUUUAAAAGUAUUUAUGAAUGUAUUAUUAUUUUAUAUUAUUUGACUUAUAUUUACAUCAUAGAAAUCGACAAAGAUAAAUGUGAUAAAUGUUAGUUUUUACAUUGAGAUGGAGUUCAUUAUUUUCUUGAGAUAUUUUGGCAGGAGUUUGUGAGAUUACCUACAGUCGUGUUGGCCGAGAAAUGUAAGAUACAAGACGAAGAAGGCAUUGGAAAUUUGCUGAAAUAUAAAGUUGUGUGUGCCAUGGAUAACUGCCAAGACAUUUAAAGUAAGGAGCCUGUGUGUUCAGCGUAGGAAUUGUGAAUAAACUAAGAGAUAUUCAAUUAAAACCAGGAACUACUUUAGUACGGUCUUCUUAAGGGUAUUCGGCAAUAAAAUAUACUCAUUUUUACUACAUAUUUACCUAUAACUAUGAGAUAACUAUAACAGAGGGUGAUUUUAUUUUGCGUAUGAAUCAGUAUAUCUUUUGUUAACUUUCGGAUCCUGCUGAAUACGAACACCAACAACAUUUAAGGUAUUUAAAAAAUGUAGUUGUCCUAUAAUGAUAGACUUCUACUAAAAAAAUAUCCAUCUUUUUGGGUUGUGAAUACCACGUUGUUCACUAUACAGCGACAAACUCCUUGACAUGCAUUCUUUGUUAGGAAACAAAGUAGGUACAUUAAUAAAGUAAGUAGUUUAAGUCUUAUUCUUUACAUCCACAAAAUAUCAUAUAUUUUAAUUUAAUUUAAACAACUUUGCUAAAUUAAGUGGACACAUUGUAUUACAAUUGUUAUCUACUGAAAGAAUUAUUUUUGAACUCUUUGCAGAAUUGUUCAGUUGUCAUGGUUUUGUAGAACUCUAUGGAAACACCAUAUCAGGCACUAAUAUGUUUUGUGCACUUCCCCAGGGUAGGCUUAUUAUUGUUACUCAUUGUGAACCAAAGUAUUUUAAUUUACAUGAUUUUGUUACUUGCUGUCGAUGUGUUUCUAAUUAUUAUUGAUUAAAUUAUUGUUAAAUGUUUAUUAUGGAAACAAGUAUUAUUUGGACCACAACUCGUUUAGUUAGUAUUGAAUAGGAUGAUUUUGUAUGUAUUUUUAUCUAUUGCAUCAUGCCGUACGAGGCCAAUGAGUAGAGUUGAAAACAUUUUCUUUAUGUGUUACCUGUUUAUCUGGGCAACCUUGACAUAUACAAGAAUUAAGAGUUUAAUUAAAUAAAGACCACGAAUAACUUCUAUACAACGCCCCAAGAAUCGUCAAUUACUAAUAAAACUGCUAUAUAGGAACUUAUAAUUACCUACUAAAACCUUUGCGUUUUAGAUAAAUUUUACAUUUAAGAGGAUACGGUAGCGAAAAUGAUAAAAUGGAAAGGAGCCCCCCUUUCAAUUUGGGAAUUUUAGUUAAAAAUACAAGUGUUAUUAACUAGAUUUAUCGAAAAAAAAUUGU